UUCGGCUUUUCCCAUUUCCUCAGGUCCAGUUUCUCUCUCUACUCCUUCACACUCUAAAAGCCUAAAUUCGCGCUUUGAAGGAUUGCGGAACAAUCAACCGAUUCGAUAUCGUGUGCUUGUUUUUCAUCAGCAAUGAUAGAAGAUGUUUAGAUACGGAUAUACUUGCCUAUAGAAACAGAGACUCUGUUAAUUAAUCACCGGCUUCGGAGGAGCAAUGGAGUACGAUUCUAUGUCUCCGCCGCCGUUUCACAGCCAAGCUUCCAGCGGCUCGUUCGAUUUAAGAUCGCUCUACAAUGUGAUCAUGAUUCCGCCGCCUCUCCACGGAGAUCUUUCCGGUGGUGGAGAAAUUAUGUUUCCAUGGCGCAUUCCUCAUUCUCAGUUCCUGCUCGAUCAGCAGGAUCUCGUGGCCCGCCACAGCGCUCUGCUCGCUCAACUCCGAGAGGUGGCGAAACAAGCUCAAGCGCUCUGGCAGGAGAACGUCAAUCUGAAGAUGGCGAACCUCGAUUUGAACAUCCGCCUGAAUUCACUGCUCAACGCGUCGUCCGAUUACGCUGCUAGGUCGGGAGCUCCGUGCAAAUACGCAAUUAGGAGGAGGAGCGACGUCCCUGUUGGAAGAAAUGUUUCAAGCAGCGAGGGACAACCGUGGGAGGAAUUGAGCGCGGGGUCGUCCGGAGACUGUCACGAGAGCCCAACCAGCGUGAUGGAUUCGGGUGGGAUUGAGAGAAAAGAUGUGCACCGGGUACUGCUUCCCAAGAGUAUCUAGUGGCUACACGAAGACGGCUCAAGCAAGUACAAGCAGGGCUGAGAGUCGAUCCAAAACCCCCCAAUUGGCGGUAAUUUCUUUUUCAAAUACUUCCUAAAACCUUAUACUUCCUCUUUUUUUAUGUCAUGCUUAUAUCAUAAUCCGUAUUUCCUACGGAGUAUAUUUUUGUGCCACUUAUCUUUGUCUCAACGAGGUAGGAGAUAAAGAAUAGCUUUAUCCAUGAUACUUCAGGUUUAUGAAUUAUGCAUAGGUCAUAUGACAAAGAAGUGUUAUGCUCAUAUUUUCUUAAACGAAGUUAUUUUUAUUAAUGAUACUUCAGGUUUAUCAUUUAUGAAUUAUGCAUAGCUCAUAUACUCCAUAUAUACUACGAAGUACGUAAUACGUACAUACAACUAUACAAGGAGUAUUAACUUCUACUUGUAUUCUUUUUUUUUAGUUUAAAUCAAUGGCUUGACCUUACCACGAUUUUGACUAUUAAUGCAAUUAAUUACGUACUAGUAAAAAAAUUAUAUUAUCCAUCUUAACUAUGGAGUAUUUCAUUAAAUUUAAUAUUUUCCCAUUCUGGUAAGUUUCUAUUGACACUAAAUAGUAAAUAUCUCUAAUGAAUCAGUGGCUUUCUUUAAGACUUUUUAAUUUUUCUUCCUUACUUUUUUCAUCUUUCUUUCUUAAUUUUUAUGGAGUACAUUCUUUCACACUAUAUUAAACUAUACUAUUUAUUAUUAAAGAAUAAAGAAAUGUUUGUCAAUCAUCUUGUAGUUCAAUGACAUCACUAUGAUGCUCCAAAGGUUGAGCUCACAAGGUCAAAGUUCAUCUCAGUUCAAGACCGUUGACAUCUAAUAAAACAAACCAGAUAUUAUACAAGUAGUAGAUAUGUGAGCACAACAACAACAAAAGAAUAUUGCGCACUUCGAAUAAUUUAUAUUAUGCUCCAUACUCUUUAAUUAGUAAAUGAGUUAUAAUCACAUUGUCACAGCAUUUCUGUGUAAAAAAAAGCUGGAAUAGAGUAAAAAUUACAUAAUGAGGUGCACACGAAUUGAUCAUGAGAGAUUAAGGACAAGUUAAGAUUGUGCUAUAUGGAUGGAUUGUUAUUAUAUAUUCUUGACAGAUGAAUGCACAGAUUACAACAUAUAUAGGAAUUGAAGUGUGGGUCGAUUCCCUAAAAUUAAUUAAAGAUGGAAGACAAUGAUGAUGAUUAAAAUAUAGGAUCUCUCUGGUUUGAUGAUACGAGCACUACUAAUGGUGGUGGUGGCUUGGUGAUGCAUUAUUGUAGCAAAGAGUGUAUCUGAAGGGUGGGAAGAGGGAAGAGGAGCCAGUGGAGUUGGAAGUGUACAACCAGGACAUGUUCAGCUAUGCAACAAAUGGCAAGGAACAGGAGGGUGGCCCUAUGGUGACAACUGCCAGUUUGCACACGGUCUGGAUGAGCUCCGCCCAGUCCUCCGUCACCCAAGCUACAAGACAGAGAUUUGCGGCAUGGUGCCAAUGGUGACGACUGCCCUUACGGCCACCGCUGCCACUUCCGCCACUCCCUCACUGACCAGGAGAAACUCUUCAGGUCACUCGUCAUCAACUCCAGGUCGUCUCUCAUCAACCCUCUCCUCAACUGAAUUUUUCCAGUCCACUCAUAUGUUUGAAACUAGUGUAGCCACAUUGAUAAUAAUGAUAAUAAUGGCAACACGAUAACAAUAAUCCUUAGAGACGUAGAAGCAUUAUAUUGAUCAGAUGUUCUUAAAUGAAGUGGAAAGCGAUAUGAUGUUAGCUCACAUAAAAAGGUAAGAUGAUUACUCAUAAGGGACCUAGUCCCAAGAGAACCCAGUUUGUGACUCUGUUUACAGAUAUAGCAACAUAAAAUGGUGUAUCCGUGAUUCCAGUGUAUGUAAGCAUGUUCAGUUUGAAGAUGUAUAGUGUGUGGUUUGCUGGAUUAUGUAGCUGUGAAUCCUGUGAUACUCUUACUUCGUAUUAAGUAAUUCUUAGCUCUUACAAACUUCUACUCAUGUGAUUUUUGUACUCCUAAACGAAACAUCAUAUGCUACCUUAUGCAUAAGUUAUGCAUAAGUAGCCUAAUCAGUCCAUAGUGAAAAUACUGCACGCUUUAUUACCUUGUUUAAGCCAAGACAGACCAAUGAGCUUUAAUACUUGCUGACAAGGCUACUAAUUAAAUUGUUCAGGAGUUAAUGUGCGACUGUGCGUAUUUCAAAAUGGAAAUUAAUUUACUUCUUACUUAAUGCAACAGAAGCUUUAAACAAGUUACAAUUUACAAAGGGUUUGGUUAAUUUCUCAGGAGUUGAUGACUUGAUGUGCGUAUUCUAAUUGUUCAGGAUUACAAUUUCAUGCCUCAUUUUCCAUUCAAAUUGUAACACUGGACUACUGGAGGGUAAUUAGGGAUGGACUCGGGCCGGGCCAACCGGCCCGGAACCGGACCGGCCCGCUACUGUGCGGGCCCGGACCGGCCCGGUGAACCGGUUCGGUUCCGGUUCGGGCCUCCCGGCCCGGUGGUAUACCGGUCAGGGCCCGGGCCUCCAGUUUAGUGAACCGGCCCGGCCGGGCUGGGCCCGGUUCGGGCCGGAAUUUAAUUUUUUUUUUUUUUUGAAAUUUUUUUAAGUUUUGGGUUGGAUUAGAUAUUUU